AGCGAACUCGCCUCGGGAGAAGAGUUACCGCCGGGACCGGUCCCUGGGCUGCUUAGUCUGGUGACGCACUGGCAGAGGCAGUGGACGGGAUUGUUCUCCUGGAGGGGAAGCAAGAUAAAAGGGUUAGCCAUGGCGUCUCUGAUCAGAAAGGUGAUCAGCACUGCGAAAGCUCCAGGGGCCAUUGGUCCUUACAGUCAAGCUGUGUUAGUCGACAGGACCAUUUACAUUUCGGGACAGCUAGGCAUGGACCCUUCAAGUGGACAGCUUGUGCCAGGAGGGGUGGCAGAAGAAGCCAAACAAGCUCUUACAAACAUGGGUGAAAUUCUGAAAGCUGCGGGCUGUGACUUCACUAAUGUGGUAAAAACAACUGUUUUGCUGGCUGACAUAAAUGACUUCAACACUGUCAAUGAAGUCUACAAACAGUAUUUCAAGAGUAGUUUUCCUGCAAGAGCUGCUUACCAGGUUGCUGCUUUGCCCAAAGGAGGCCGUGUGGAGAUUGAAGCAGUGGCUGUCCUAGGACCUCUCACCACAGCAUCGCUAUAAGUGGGCCCAGUGUUAUUUAGUCUGGAAUCGUAACAAUGUUUUUAAGUUUACAUCUUAAUUUUUACCGUUGAUGUUGGAAAGUGUAUGAUUGGCUAAAACAUUUGAGGUCAUUAUGGAAAUAGCCAUAAAAUAAGGGGAAUUAAGCAUGAAUUGGAGAUUAGAUGACAACUCCAAUUACUGGCGCCAUAUAUCAUACACACACAUACUCAUGGUACUAGACGUCGGAAAAGAGAUGCUCAUUACAUACGCAAAUAAAUGAAAGUAGAGGGAAAUAAAUCAUGCAAGAGAGGAAUUACCAUUCCUAAUAAAUAAUUAAGAGCACACAUAAUUCAGUUAAAUCCUAUUAAUUUAAUGAUGUGAAAUAAUUAGUCCUCACAUCAGCUAUAUAAUUCUGCUUUUACUUGAAUAAAAUUAAAGUACCUGAAAUUUGAAUGGUAGAGAUAAAGGAGAAUAAAGUGGAUCACAAUUUUAAUAGAUAGUAUUUUUCUAAUGGAAAUAAAAUAGACAUGCAGAUUUUC